UUGGCCAGCAACGUUGCCUGUGGAGAAAACAUGAUCAUCUUGUGCCCGGGGGGGUUCUGUGGCAUGUCCCCCAAGGUUGGGGCCACUGUAGCUGCUGUCUACAUGAUCCUAAUGACCAACAUGUACCUGAUCUUCGAGGUUGGCCACUUGGAACAAGCAAUGACGGACAUGGCACAAAUCAAGUCCUUCAACUUGACCAAAGUGGGGAAGAUGCUACUGUAUUGCUACUAUACAGCCAUCACGCUGGCUGUCAUGAGCUACCCGGUGUGCGUCUUCCUCAUCUACUCAGUCCACAAGCGGCUCUACAUAGGCAUGUUCGCCUAUGUCGCAUGGAUCAUCUUCUAUGAUCUGGCUAACUGCCUCAUCGUGGCUGUGGCUUACCAGGUCUCCAAAGAAGCCUGGUUUUCCCUCAGCCCCCUGGAGUGGUUUGGGCUGGCCACCAGGAUCCCCAUGGAUUGCUUCUGGCUCGCCUUCGUUGUCACGUAUGCCCUGACGAUUAUUGAAAGCAAAGGGCAAGGAAGGAUGUCGCUCAGGAAGAGGCGGAUCUCUAGGAACGUGUCAGAACCGCCCAGGUUUAGGUUGGGCUCCACUGCUAGGCAAGGCGUGUGAGGGGAGGUAUCGGAGCAGUACGUUGGGCCCCAUUUUCAUAUAUUUCCUACUGAUGGAGAUGAAAGACCAUUACCCGUGUAAUCUCCUUCCUCUGUUGUGUAAUUCAGUGUUUCUCUUGCUGUUGCUGCAUUUUCCAGGCUGUGAGUUCAAGUCCUGAAUAAAUACCCCAAAAGCCCAUGA